CAGGAAGAAAAGUGUCCGUGAAUGGGUGAUUCCUGUCAGCAAGAGGAAGCCUGCUUUUCACGGAUUCUCUCACUUUUUCUCUCUGCUGCUCUUUGGACGAACUCCCAGCCACAAUGCUGAUCAAAGAAUACCGAAUCGUCCUGCCCAUCUCAGUAGAGGAGUACCAGGUGGGCCAGCUGUACGCAGUGGCAGAGGCCAGCAAGAACGAGACGGGAGGAGGAGAAGGAGUGGAGGUGCUGAAAAACGAGCCAUAUGAGAAGGAUGGAGAGAAGGGGCAGUACACGCACAAGAUCUACCACCUGCAGAGUAAAGUUCCAAAAUUGAUCUGUGCGCUCGCUCCGAAAGAAUCUCUGGAGCUCCACGAGGAGGCCUGGAAUGCAUAUCCCUACUGUAGAACCAUCCUGACUAAUACAUUCAUGAAGGAUAAGUUCAAGAUUGUAGUUGAGACGUGGCACAAGCCUGAUAUGGGAGAGCAGGACAAUGUACAUAAAUUAGAUGACACGCUGUUGAAACAACGAGACGUUGUUGAAAUUGACAUCACUGAAAAUCCUGACAAGGAGUACAAGGAGGAGGAGGAUCCAGCUAAGUUUAAGUCGAAGAAAACUGGCCGAGGACCUCUGGGACCAGACUGGAAGAAGGAGCUGGCUGCAAACCCCAACUGUCCGCACAUGUGCGCCUACAAACUCGUCACCGUAGAAUUCAAGUGGCUGGGAUUCCAGGGCAAGACCGAGGACUUCAUUCACAAAUUCGAGAAGCGUGUGUUCACCAAGUUUCACCGGCAGCUGUUUUGCUGGUUAGAUAAAUGGUACGGAAUGGACAUGGAGGACAUCCGAAAGCUGGAGGAAGACACCAAGGCCGAGCUGGAUCAGAUGAUUAAGACGGAGGACGUUCGAGGGACCGUGGCUGAAUAACGGCGGGAACCGACACGGUCGACUCUGGAGGAUCCACUGGGCUCAGACUUCACUCUUGGACUGACUGCCAGCCGCUCCACAGACACAACCUCAGUGAAAAGCUUCUCUUCAGAAGCGUCACAGCUCUUGGCUUUCAGGUGGAAUCACUCUCCUGUCUGCCUGUUGGGUUAUCUAUAUAUAAUUGGGGGGGGGGGGGGGGGGGGGGGGGUGCAGGUUGUGUCUGAAGUAACAUUUCUGAUUUCCGUAAACUAUUUUUUGGUUUUUAGUUGUUGGUUUUCAUGGUUUUUGGUUAAUUCUGUUUGUGUUUUAUUGUUUACUCUGGACAGCCAGACUUAAUUCUUUCAGUCUACAUUUGUAUUAAAUAAGGAUUUUAUUUUGUCAAAUUCACACCAGUGCCUUUGAAAUAAAUACUUUUCCUGAUCUCACGA